CGGGUGCCGCCAUGUUGGUGAGGAGAAAUCACCGUUACGGCUACUGUCCAAAUCCCCGCGUCGCUGCACGCCGCCCGCCCGCUCCAAAGCCUCAGCCACCGGCGGCGAAUAGAGACUAAAGCGGCAGCGCCGGCAGCGCGGGGCCGUUGCCCAGUGUUUGCAGUUAGAGCCCCAUCUCUCUGGCGUGGUUGUUAAUAGACUGGAAAGUCUGUGUCUGUGUCGCUCACUAGUAACCGUGAGUUUUUACCACUUCGUCACCUCCCGGCGGCGGCCGGGAGCAGGUACCCGCAGGCGGCGCAGGGGUCCUCCCCGCGCCCCGCCGCCGCCGGCCUCGCAGACCUGCCCUCCAGCCCCGCCCCGUUCUUGACCAAACAUGACAGACUCUGAACAUGCAGGGCACGACAGAGAAGAUGGUGAAUUAGAAGAUGGUGAAAUAGAUGAUGCAGGAUUUGAUGAAACACAAGAACAGGAAGCAAAAGAAGAUGAAAAGCAGAAAAAUGAGAAAGUAUAUAGAAAAUCAAGAAAAAAACACAAGAAAGAAAGAGAGAAGAAAAAAUCCAAAAGAAGAAAACGUGAAAAGCAUAAGCAUAAUUCUCCAUCUAGUGAUGAUAGUUCAGACUACAGCCUGGAUUCAGAUGUUGAACAUAGUGAAAGUUACCACAAGAAGAGAAGUGGCUCCUACAGGGAUUAUGACAUUCCAUUUUCUCAGCAUGGUCAUAUAUCAGGAAGCUAUGUGACAUCAAAGAAGAGCCAACAUAACAAAAAAUUUAAGAGUAAAGAGUAUGAUGAAUACAGUAACUACAGUGAUGACAACUUUGGUAUCUACAGUGAUGACAACUUUGGUAACUAUAAUCAGGAAACAGAGGAAGAUUUUGCCAAUCAGCUAAAGCAAUACAGACAAGGUAAAGAAACCUCAAAUACUGGUUUAGGAUCAUCAUAUUCUAAAGAACAAGGAAAAAAACAAAGAGUGAAAGGAGGUCAACAAGGUAUUGAACAGAGGACUAAAAGUUACAAUGUUGGUCGUGGACGUGGUUUGCUGAAGAAAAUCAAACGCAAAGACCGUGGGGGAAGAACCAAUAAAGGGUCUAAUAUUUUUUCAGGAACAGAUGACUUUCAAGAGUAUAGUAAACCAGGGAAAAAAUGGAAGGUUAUGACUCAGGAAUUCAUUAAUCAGCACACAGUGGAACACAAAGGAAAACAAAUCUGUAAAUAUUUUCUGGAAGGGAGAUGUAUUAAGGGAGACCAAUGUAAAUUUGAUCAUGAUGCUGAAUUGGAGAAGAGAAAAGAGAUCUGCAGAUUUUAUUUACAAGGAUACUGUACGAAAGGAGAGAACUGUAUUUAUAUGCAUAAUGAAUUUCCAUGCAAGUUCUAUCAUAGUGGAGCAAAAUGUUACCAAGGAGACAAUUGCAAAUUUUCACAUGAUGAUCUAACUAAAGAAACAAAGAAACUUUUGGAUAAAGUGUUGAAUACUGAUGAAGAAGCUGCAAAUGAAGAUGAAAGAGAACUAGAAGAACUUAGAAAGCGAGGCAUAAUUCCUCUGCCCAAGCCACCUCCAGGAGUUGGGCUUCUGCCAACCCCAUCAGAGCAUUUUCCCUUUUCUGAUCCUGAAGAUGAUUUUCAGGCAGAUCUCUCUGAUGAUUUCAAGAAAAUUCCAUCUCUUUUUGAAAUAGUUGUAAAACCUACUGUGGACUUAGCACAUAAGAUUGGAAAAAAGCCACCAGCAUUUUAUAACAGUGCCUCACCACCAGGACCACAGUUUCAGGAAAACAGCCCACAUUCUCAACACAUCUAUAGUUCUGAGUCAAGUCCAGGUCCUGGACCUAAUAUGUCUCAGGAACACAACAGCCCUGUAAUGCACCCAGGCUCCCCCAGACAUCAACCAUGUGCAGGACCUCCUGGUCUCCCUGUGCCACAGAGCCCACCUUUGCCACCUGGUCCACCUGGAAUUGUAGGCCCUCCUACUCAAGCUGGAGUAAUUGUCCAACCGGAUAUGCCUUUGACACCACCAAAUAUGAAUGAUGCUUACCAUUGUUCAGGUUUUCCAGAACACAUGAUGAAAGUACCUAGAGAAAAUCACUGUUCUCCAGGUUUAUCACACCUGCAAAAUCCAGGUGAAAUGCAGCUCAAUACCAGUUAUGAAUCUCUGCAAAAUCCAGCUGAGUUUUAUGAUAGCUACUAUUCACAGCAUGCUCUACAAAAUUUUCAGUCACCCAGUAGCUCCAGUGAUGGGAUGUGGCAUUAUGAAUUUGCCCAGCAUCAGCCUCCCGUUGUUCAAGACUCGCCUAAUCAUGGAAGUGAGUCUGAAGGCACCAGCAAUGUGGCAGGUCAUAGUCCCCUAGCUACAUCAGCUCUCCUUCCAGCAGUACAAAGAGCACUUUUUGUCAGACUUACUCAGAAAUGCCAAGAAGGUGAAGAACCAAGUAGCAUUCAACCUCAAAAGGCACCAAGCAAAGAAGAAGAUGAUACUGUUAACUGGUAUUCAAGUAGUGAAGAGGAAGAAGGAAGCAGUGUCAAGUCAAUAUUGAAAACAUUACAGAAACAAACAGAAACAUUAAGAAAUCAACAAGCUUCCACAGAACUCAGCACUCCUACAGAUCCAAGACUUGCUAAAGACAAAAGAAAAAGAAGCCAAGUUGUUGAUCCUAGACUGAGGACUAUCCCAAGACAAGACAUUAGAAAACCUGAGUCUUCUCCACUGGAUUUUAGACUUGCAUGGGAUCCCAGGAAGUCAAGAGGAAAUGGAAGUGGAAGUGGUUCUGUUGGUGGAGCAAAGUUAGAUUUACAUCAUGCAAAUGCUGACACUAAUGUCAAAAACAGAAGAGGAUAUGAUGAUGAUGAAGACACAGAGAGAGAACUUAGAGAAAAAGCUUUCUUAAUACCUUUGGAUUCUCCCCCUGGUGUAGUGCUCCAGGACCCAAGAUCUCAAUUGAGGCAGUUCAGUCACAUUAAAAUGGAUAUUAUCCUAGCCAAACCCAACUUUGCAAAACACAUCGUGUGGGCUCCAGAAGAUUUACUUCCAGUUCCUUUACCUAAGCCUGAUCCAGUAUCUUCAAUCAAUUUACCUCUGCCCCCUCUGAUAGCAGACCAGAGGCUAAAUCGAUUAUGGAAUACAAAAAGUGAUCAUCAAAACACAGGGCCCAGUGAUUCAAAAUUAGCAGCCAAAACCAAAAUUAACACAACAAACAGAGAAGGCUACCUAGAGCAAUUUGGAGACUUACAUAGUUCAGGAAGCAAAUUAGGAGAUCCUAGGCUGCAAAAAAAUUUUGAUCCUAGACUCCACAGACUGCAUAAUACAGAGUCUCAUCAAGCUGUUCUGAAGGAUUCACAUAUGUCAAAGAGUGCCCCUCAUUUAGUUCGAUCAAACUCUGGCUCCUCACAGCCCUCAGGGACAGUAAUUAGCAAUUCUAGUCCUAGGGCCUUGCCUCCAUAUGCCCCUAAACUCUCCUCUUCAGCUGGCCUUUCACUGGUAACUACAAGUUCAGUUCUUAGUGGUAUUAGUCUGUAUGACCCUAGGGACCAUGGUUCAUCAUCUACAUCAGAUCUAGUAACAGAACAUACAGACAACCAGAAAAAAGCUGGUGUUUUAAAAAGUAGUGACAAAAAUGAACCUUCUCCAGGAGGUGCAGUCCUGCCACAGAAAACCUCUGUAAAUGUGGAAGUCACUGCGGAUGAGCCAGUUGGCCCACAGGCAGAUAGUCUCGGGGGUUCCAAUGUGGUUCAGGUCCCAGCAGUUCACAGUCUUCCUAUUCAGGCAUUAUCAGGCUUAAUAAGACCCCAGUAUAGCGAUCCAAGGCAGGGAAAACAGUCAGAACAGGUGAGCCCCACUCCAGAUAAUGAUCCCAGUAGAGAAGCAGAUGACAAAUCUCUAAAAGAGGUUUUUAAAACUUUUGACCCAACUGCUUCACCAUUUUGUUAACUGUUGUGUAUUUAAGCAAUUCUUUUUCUUUUUUGUGACUAUUGCAGUCCUCUGCUGUUUUGUAACUGGUUACCUCUAUAGUUUAUUUAUUUUUAAAUUAUAAAUACUUUUCAGCUGCUAGUAUCAGAACCACAAGAAGUUAUAUCCUCUAAAGCCUGUGGUAUUUUAUAUAAUAUUUUUAUAACUUUGAGAGACUGUAGUAAUUGACAUAGAUCUACAUAUCAUGUUAGCUUCAGUGAAAGUACCAUUAUUGUUAAUAAACCAUCAUGAACUCUGCAUUCUGCUUGAAUAUAUGCCAGUUGUCUUUCAUAAUCACUGUUUAGAUAAAUGAUUACCACUUUUAUAUGGUUGUUAGUUUUAAGCAAUAUGAUAUAUAUUACUUUUGAGAAACAGUAUUUUGACUAGAAUCCUCUAUUUGUCAACACAGAAAAGAUUAAAUGUAAUGCUCACUGCUAACAAAAUUGUAAAAUAAACAUUUUCUUAAUUUCAAUGAGCAAAGAAGUUCAUGUUUAAGGGCAUCACUUUUAUUAGUAUUGGCAAUAGUAUUUGUGUAAGUGAAACAUUUAAAUGUCUUAUCUUUGAAGUAUUUUAUUGUAUACUGUAUAUAGAAGUUAGAGAAAUACAAGUUGUUUUUGUUAAAGUGAAAAAAAAUCCCAAGUUCUCUAACAUGACUUACAAUUUUCAUAUUAAAUAGAUAUGAAUCACUGUUGUGUUAUAUUAUGAUGUUAAUGUGUUUCACUUUUUUUUGUUUUUUAGCAGCAUAAUUUAUUACUUUUACAAAUGAUAUAACUGCAAUAAUUGUAUUCAUCAUGACUUUGGAAAUUUUCAGACAAGUUUUAAAAGAUCCAGUGAGGCUCUGUAGUGAUUAUUGCAUUGAUAAUGUUUUAAAUGUACAAGUUCUAUAUUUUUCCCUAGAUAACAAGCAUAAACAGAGAUUGAAGGUAUAGUUAACUGUAUACUAUCAAUAAAGAAUAUCUUUCGAUCUCA